AUGGGAGUGGGUGGAGAAGGUGGUAAGGGAUUUCUUCAGGGAGGGGAGGGUGGGAGAUCACUGCGUCACAAUGUUGUUGGUGGGUUUGGUGGAGGAGGUGGAGCUCAUGGAUGGACAGGAAGAGGAGGAGGAGGAGGAGGAGGGUACUCUGGGGGAAGCAGUGGAGAUGGUUCUCGUGAUACCUGUGGGGGUGGGGGUGGCUCCUACAACGAUGGAAACAACCAGGACAAUGAAUGUUGUUAUAACACGGCUGGUCAUGUUGCAGGUGUUCAUUGUCGAAGUGUUAUGUUUGAGAAGUCAGUUGGAGGACGUGCUCUGCAGCGGCACGUUUUCAAACAAAUAUAUUUAUCCACGGGAAUUAAGCCCUAUAGCGACUGCAAAAAUAGGUGCCUCAUGGAAAACACCUGUGUGUCCGUCAACGUUGGUCCACCCGACAAGAAUGGACUCAGGGUCUGCCAACUGAGUGAUUCUGAUCACAUUCAACAUCCUGCUGACCUUAAACUCCAAGAAGGAUACCAGUAUUGGGCUACAAAGAAUCCAUGUUCAAGCAGCCCUUGUCUUCAUAAUGCAACCUGCCUAAAUGGGUUCACAGAUAGGAGAUACACUUGCUUGUGUCAAGUUGGUUUCAAGGGAAAAAAUUGUAGAAAAAAAGCAUUUAGAGCAGUUUUUACAAAUCUCAAUGCCACUGGAAGAUAUGGUCCAACAACGCUGGGCAGUCACUACACAGGUCAGGAUCAUGACGGACAAGUAACACUGUCCCACGGUAUUCAACAAUGGACUGUACCGUACACUGGUGGCUACAAAAUAAAAGCGAUUGGAGCAGCAGGAGGGUACGAUUCAUAUCCUGACAGCUCUCAAUACCGUGGAGGAGGGGCAAGAAUGAUUGGAAAAUUCCGUUUAAAGAAGGGUGAAGUUAUCCAGAUACUUGUAGGUCAAGAAGGAGGAAUAAACAAGGGGAAUGAAUCAUCUGGUGGUGGUGGAGGUACAUUUGUAGUAAGAGGAACCGACACACCUUUGAUAAUAGCUGGAGGUGGAGGAGGGAUAGAUUCUGCAGAGUCAAGACAUGCAGGAUGUGACGCCAGCACAAACACAACAGGGAAUUCUGGGUACAAGUCAUGGUCAGGAGGGAGCAAUGGACAUGGUGCGCAGACUGCUGAUGAUGGUUACUCAGGUGGCGGUGGCGGCGGGUUUUACUCCAGUGGAAGACAUGGGGAGAAUUUCAAUGGAACCAAGGGAGAGGGCGGAGAAGGUGGUAAUGGAUUUCUUCAGGGAGGUGAGGGUGGGAGAUCAGUGGAUCACAGUAUUGUUGGUGGGUUUGGUGGAGGAGGUGGAGCUCAUGGAUGGGCAGGAGGAGGAGGAGGAGGAGGGUACUCUGGGGGAAGCCGUGGAAGUGGUAGUCAUGAUAGCUGUGGGGGAGGGGGUGGCUCUUACAACAAUGGAGACAAACAGGAGAAUGAAUGUUGUUAUAACACGGCUGGUCAUGGUCAAGUGAUUAUCAUGUUGCUGUAA